AGCGGGAGGUCAGGGCUGCGGGCGCUCGCUGGUGGCGGACCCGGAGGCAGCUGUGGCGCCGGGGCUCGGUGGCCAGGGUGGAUUUCGAUCCGGAGCCAUGAGCGUGGACAAGGCCAAGCUAUGCGGGUCUCUGCUCACCUGGUUGCAGACGUUCCAAGUUCCACCCCCCUGUGCCAGCCCCGAGGACCUGAGCAGCGGCCUUGCUGUAGCCCACGUGCUGAACCAGAUAGACCCCUCCUGGUUCAACGAAACAUGGCUCCAGGACAUCUCAGAGGACCCAGGUCCCAACUGGAGGCUGAAGGUCAGCAAUCUGCAGAAGAUCUUACAGAGCCUGGUGGAAUACUCCCAGGAUGUUCUGGGACACCCUGUGUCAGAACAGCACCUCCCAGAUGUGAGCGUCAUUGGCGAGUUCUCUGACCCCACGGAGCUCGGGAAAUUGCUUCAGUUGGUGCUGGGCUGUGCUAUCAGCUGCGAGAAAAAGCAGGAGCACAUCCAGAGAAUCAUGACGCUGGAGGAAUCGGUUCAACACAUAGUGAUGGAGGCCAUCCAGGAGCUUAUGACCAAAGACACCCAAGAGUCCCUGUCACAGGAGACAUAUGGCAACUUUGAUACACAGUCCCGCAGGUACUAUUUCCUGAGUGAGGACGCCGAGGAGGGGGAUGAGCUCCGGCAGCACUGUCUGGACCUGGAGCGACAGUUGGUGCUCCUGUCAGAGGUGAAGCAGAGCUUGGUGCAGGAGAAUGCCACCCUGCGGGAGCGGGUGGGCCGGUCACAAGCCGAGGUCACUCCGGGUGUUACUGCUAAGAAGCUGCUGCUGUUGCAGUCCCAGCUGGAACAGCUGCAGGAAGAGAACUUCAGGCUGGAGAGCAGCAGGGAGGAUGAGCGCCUGCGCUGUGCAGAGCUGCAGCGGGAGGUUACUGAGCUCCAGCAGCGCAACCAGGCCCUGACCAGCCUGGCCCAAGAGGCACAGGCCCUGAAGGACGAGAUGGAUGAGCUGCGUCAGUCCUCGGAGCGCGCAGGGCAGCUGGAGGCCACGCUGAACAGCUGUCGGCGGCGCCUGGGUGAGCUGAGGGAGCUGCGGAGGCAGGUGCGGCAGCUGGAGGAGUGCAACGCGGGCCACGCGGAGCGCACGAGGCAGCUGGAAGAGGAGCUGCGCCGGGCUGGCUCCCUGCGCGCACAGCUCGAGGCGCAGCGGCGGCAGGUGCAGGAACUUCAGAGCCAGCGGCAGGAGGAGGCCAUGAAGGCUGAGAAAUGGCUAUUUGAGUGCCGAAACCUGGAGGAAAAGUAUGAGUCGGUGACAAAGGAGAAGGAGCGGCUGUUGGCAGAGAGGGACUCCCUGCGGGAGGCCAACGAGGAGCUGCGCUGUGCCCAGCUGCAGCCUCGGGGUUUGACUCAAGCUGACCCCUCAUUGGAUCCCACCCCACUGGGCCUGGAAAACUUAGCUGCGGAGAUCCUGCCUGCAGAGCUCAGGGAGACACUCUUGAGGCUUCAGCUGGAGAACAAGAGGCUGUGUCAGCAGGAGGCGGCCGACCGGGAGCGGCAGGAGGAGCUGCAGCGCCACCUGGAGGAGGCCAACCGCGCACGCCAUGGGCUGGAGACACAGCACAGGCUGAACCAGCAGCAGCUGUCGGAGCUGCGGGCCCAGGUGGAGGACCUGCAGAAGGCCCUCCAGGAGCAGGGGGGCAAGACCGAGGACCCCACCCUGCUGAAGAGAAAGCUGGAGGAACACCUGCAGAAGCUGCGCGAGGCGGAUCUGGAGCUGCAGCGGAAGAGAGAGUACCUCGAGGAGCUGGAGACACCCACCGACAACAGCACAGCCCGUCGCAUUGAAGAGCUGCAGGACAGCCUGCAGAAGAAGGACGCGGACUUGCGGGCCAUGGAGGAGCGGUACCGCCGCUACGUGGACAAGGCCCGCACGGUCAUACAGACCCUGGAACCCAAGCAGCGGCCACCUGGGGAAGGAACCCCAGAACUCCACACCCUGAGGACACAGCUCCGGGAGCGGGAUGUCCGCAUCCGGCACCUGGAGAUGGAUUUCGAGAAGAAUCGAAGUCAGCGGGAACAGGAAGAGAAGCUGCUCAUCAGCGCCUGGUAUAACAUGGGCAUGGCCUUGCAGCAGCGAGCUGGGGAGGAGCGGGCGCCUGCCCAUGCCCAGUCAUUCCUGGCACAGCAGCGGCUGGCCACCAAUGGUCGCCGUGGACCCCUGGGACGCCUGGCAUCUCUGAACCUGCGCCCUACUGACAAGCACUGACAGACCUCAGCACCCACCCACCCACCUGCCUGCCUGGGGCUUCGCCCACCGUGGAUGCCUCCAGCUCACCUGGCACCAGGCAGCAGGCCUCAGCCAGCUGCUUAGGAGCCUCAGGGCCAUGACCACUGCCCUUUGCUCCCCAGAUUGGGGGAGGGCGAGGUCAGGUGGCAGGUACAGGCCUGUUCUUUUCAUCAAUGUGAUUCUUAGCCUUGAUUCUCUCUCUGGAGUUAAUAUGCUGCCUGAGGAGAGCCUGAUUUUAUAGAAGAAGAAGAAUAAACACAUUAAAUCUGC